AUGACAAACAGUUGCAGGAGACGUACCAGCAAAGUUCUUUUGCGACUUGGGCAAAUUUUAUUACUGUCCGGUAUCAUUUGUUUUACUAUAUCUAUUGCAACCGCCUACUGGGUGAUACGGAGUGAAGUUUCUGUAGUUGCCAGCAUGGAUUGUGGCAGUUUGUUGGACAACCUUAAUUUCAUCAACGUGAUGGCGCUGCAGGGUAUGAUUAUGUUCGCCGGUGAGAUCAAGAACAAGGCUGAGAGACUCCCAGGUCAAGACGCUGAAACUCCUGGCUGGUCAUUUGCUGUGGCAGUGGCUGGGCUGACGUUGAGCAUCUUUGGGCUGCUGCUUGCGACCAUGUUCAGAGACUUGCCAGUAACCAGUCCCGCAGAAAGCGGAGGCAGUUGUCUGCGCCCCGCGUCGAGAAGUCCGACAAUCCAUGCAGUGGUCAGAUAG